AUGGAUUGGAGAAAAUGGCACUACGGCUGCGAAGAAUGUGGACAAUAUUUUCACGCAAACUGCAUUCCUUGUCUCGAUCGUCUGUCAAAGAUUAAGUUCGGGUUGGAGGUUUUGGUCGAGUGCCAUGACUGUCCGGUUGCCUGCGUUCGGACUGUUUCGGUCGAUGGAUACCUCUGUGGCCAUUGUGGAAAAAGCAUAAGGGAGACUGAUGAUAUAGCAUUUGAAUGCUCCAAGUGUUAUUUCAGGAUGCAUCAAGGGUGUGUCCAGGAGCUUAUGAUAAAAAACUUGAUUAUCGUGAUUACUAGCUUCAGUUCUGAGCUAAAUACGAAAAGGGCCCACUCAAAAUCGGAAAUUGACAUUACAAACAGAGGAAAAUACAAUAAAUGCUAUCGACAAUGA